AUGAGGCUGGCCCUGCUCCUCUUGGGCCUGGCCUGGACCGUCCUGGCUCCACACCCGGCCUCCGGCGCCACCCCGUUCCCCCAGGACCUGGAGGCCAUCAGUACCGUGGGCAGAGACGCCUCGUACCUGUUUCCGAGCUUCCAGGGCCUGAUGUCGGACAACGACACGGUGCGUCUGGGUCUGGACUUUCAGAGGAUGCUCCGGAUCAACCACAUGCUCUACAUCGCUGCCAGGGACCAUGUGUUUGCCGUGAACCUGGCCUCGUCCUCGGACCAGAUCAUCCCGCAGCAGAAGCUGACCUGGAAAUCCAAGGAUGUGGCCAAGUGCACGGUGCGAGGCAAGAACAGCGAUGAAUGUUACAACUACAUCAAAGUCCUGGUUCCUCGGAACGACGAGACGCUGUUCGCCUGCGGCACCAACGCCUUCAACCCCACCUGCAGGAACUACAAGACAGGGCUCUACACAGACAGAGCGCUACACAGACAGAACUCUACACAGACAGGGCUCUACACAGACAGGGCUCUACACACACAGAGCUCUACACAGACAGGGCUCUACACAGACAGGGCUCUACACAGACAGAGCUCUACACAGACAGAGCUCUACACCGACAGGGCUCUACACAGACAGAGCUCUAAACAGACAGGGCUCUACACAGACAGGGCUCUACACAGACAGGGCUCUACACACACAGAGCUCUACACAGACAGGGCUCUACACAGACAGGGCUCUACACAGACAGAGCUCUACACAGACAGGGCUCUACACAGACAGGGCUCUACACAGACAGGGCUCUUCACAGACAGGGCUCUACACUGA